AAAGGGGAAGAAGCCGCGUCGCGCGCAGGCGGCUGUCUCGAGGCCCCCGUUCGACGUCUUUGACCCUGUCUUGUCUCUGAGCGGUGGGUGGCAAACAACCCUUCAAGACUUCUGUCCUCGGAGACUUCGGGAGGAAGUCGACGGGGCCCUUCUACGGGCGCCCGGGCGACAAUGGCGUGCGCGGAGCUGUUCAUGAUGGCCCUCCUGGCGGCCGUGAAAAAACACAACAUGACCCAGGAGCCGAUAGUGAUGUGGCUCGGCAACUCCUCUUCUCCGCCGCGCCUGAUCCCUUGGUCGAGCGUCAACAAAUCGCCCGGCGGCGGACACGGCAAGCAACCAAAACCCCGCCUGGGUGUGAGUCCCGAGGACCUAGCGAAGCCACUUCGGAACUCCAGCGAACACACUCAGACGCCGCUGGCGGCGUUGCGGUCGCAUUCUCGGCAACCACACAGCAAAAAGCCCGGCGGUACGCGCAAGAAGAAAAAAGGCGGAGGCCUCCACGGUCCACGAAAGAAAAAGAACGGAAAGAAAAAGUUUAGAAAAGGCGCAAGGAAUCCUCAUGGCGGCAGGGGACGCUCGAAACACAAGGGACGAAAAAAAGCAGGCGGCGCGAAGAAACCACCACGCGGAAAGAAGCAGACGACAAGCAGUUCGCAGACGAAGAAAAAAAGUACGCGUAGGCGAGAUUCUUCUGCAUCACCAGAAGGAAGUCCUCCUACAAAGACAACGCGAGCACGUCAACAUCAUCAUCCCCACAGUCCCGGAGGGGGACAGCGCAGCCAAUCCGGAAAGCCCGCGACCAAACCGGGUGACGUGGAACGAGAUAAGACUGGCGCGAGUUUCAAGAAGACGUCGAUAACGUGGACGUCGACGUCGUUGAAACGCGAAGGCACCCGCGCUACUGGUAGCCUUAAACCGGAGUCUAGCACUUCUGGAGCGAGCGUCCGGCUAGCAAAAGCGGCGACGCUGAAACCGAAAGACGGGAAGGAACAUUCGACGCUCUCAACUCGCGGAACGGGACCGCCAAGCGGUCGAAGACAUCAUAGCACCACGAAAUCGAAAGAGUUGCUCGGUGACCACGGUAGUAGGAAGUCCGAGGAGCAAGGACGACCGCCAGCAACGCCUCACCGCGGGAUGCUGCCCAAGACGCAGUCAAGCUCGCCGGACAAGACAGCAGCGACAAACAGCGCAGCAGACAAGCUCGGUCGGAAACAGGGUAUUGAGCAAGCGGCAGGACACAGCAGCCAAGGAACGACUAAGGAACCGUCGGCUGUUACGCCAAGUUCGAAAGCCGGGUCUUCUAAGCCAAAUGUCGCGGCGAGCCAAGCGCCCGCUCAAAUGCGCGGCGGCAAGAAUUCGAACGGCAACGCCAGUAAGCCCGCGGAACCUUCUGGAACGUCAUCAGCUGGGGGAUCUACUCAAAGUUCGAAAACUUCUGCGGCCAAGACUGGCUUGAGCAGCUCGCCUGCGGGAAAGACUGGAUCCGGACUCACAAAGCGCCCGCGUGACAGUAAGUUCGGUGCAUCAGCUGCAGCUGCGACAGUUUCGAAAGCGCGACCACCUGAGUCUAGGGAGUCGAGACAGGUCACGAGAAGGCACAGUCUCCAAACGACAUCGCAAGGCAGCGGUAAACAAGGGGUUACCACCCAAGACGCGCCGCCUCAUAAGAAGAAGCAGCAGGAACUCCAUGGGCGUCAUCACCAACGUCACAAUCAUCCCGGUAGCACCCGCCAACCAACGCGUCGCCCGGACGUGACGUCACUCUUGACGGCGCUACGUCGACUCGAGCAGGCGACGAAGGCUAGCGAAAGGGCAACGGCAAACAAGGCAGCGCAGACGAAGCGCCCGGAAGCAAAAGAUGCUCAAAAGCUUUCAACAUCACCGCAAGCGGCGCGGCUGGCCAACAGCGCGAGUCUAGUCUUCACUGUUGCCAACGAUACGCGUAAAAGCACCGGAAGCGUCCACCAGUAAAUCGAAAAGGUAAAAACGAUCGCGAUAAUAUAACGGAACCUGGCGCGCAAAGGCUACAUUUCGCAAGCAAGAACUGUUUUUGCCCUGCAUGAAUCUUAUCACCGCGUGAGGUCAGUAGAUAGACUAAGUUGCCCGACCUGCUCGAAGGCGACACAUAACGACAACCGUCGCAGACUUCCAGUGACAGUGUUUAUGAUUGGCGCACGCUGAUGCCAACAAGCCAAUCACCAGAUAGGUACAGUGAAUGCAGCGCGUUACUGAACCGAUCCUACGUUGCAUGAACGACGGCGGAACCACGCACUUUCGGAAAUAAAGCGACUGAGAUGUUCAAAUCAUGCAUGAGCGAAAUACGUCCGACAAGAACCAUGCAACGAGUGUGCUAUACCUUGAUCGAUUCCUUUUUUAUCGACAGCUGCAAAAGCACAGUCGGCUAGGAUUCAAAUAUUGAAAAUUUAAGAAACAACAACAAAAAAUGUCUGAUAAAGGCAUAUGAAUACGAAAGAAAGGCAUGACUA